GCUUUUGUGCAUUUUGCGUUUCACGCGAAUUUGCGUCUGACGCACGAGUUGGAAAAUUUGAACUUUGGCGGAUUUUCGCGCAGCGUUAACCAAUCAGGAGCCUGCUUGCUGCUGUGGCGGCAGCCCCGCCCGGAGUCACUCAUUCAACAUGGAGGAACGCUUAAUAUUGUCCGUGUGCAGUCAUCCGGAGCUAUACGACACAAUUUCGUAUUUCUACAGAGACAGGAAUAAAAAGGACCUCGCUUGGAAGAGUAUCAGUGAGGAGAUUGGGCAACCUGAGGACGUGUGCCGUAAAAAAUGGAAAAGUCUCAGGGACACGUACCUGAAGGAGAUGGAGAAGAGGAGUGGGUCAGCAGCAGGGUCAGUGAAGAAUUGGAGGUACUCACAGAUCCUGGGAUUCCUCGACCCCUUCGUCACCCCACGGAAAACCACCAGUAACAUGGGAGGGGUCGAGGCCCAGGACGUAGAGUACAACCACCCCAGGGACCAGAGGGAUACAGAAACAGAGUCAACAGAUAUCGACGAGGCGGAUCCAAGAUCCCCUGUCGCUUCUCCUGUCUCCCCAUUCCCUGGUCCUUCACCCCUUGCUGCUGCACCCACAGGACAUAAGAGGAGGAGAGCCACCCGGAGGCCCCGUGAUGGUCCUUCGGAGGUGGAGCAGACGCUGAUAGAGCUCCUGAGGCGUCCUCCAGCCCCACCACCACCACCACUACUACUACCACCACCACCGCCACCAGUGUCUGCUGACGAACACUUCCUCCUCAGCCUUCUGCCUUUUCUGCAGAGCAUGCCGCCUCAUAGAAAGGAACUAAUCAAAUUUCAAAUGUAUAAAUUGGCAAUGGAGAACAGCACCAUUGUGCUUAAUUUGGAACAUUUGGACCCCCACACCCCACAGUAGGCUUUUUUAAUAGAAAUGAGGCAGCAGGCUCUGCAUGAAACGCAGAAUGCCCUCCUUCCUCUUCUCCUUCAUUUUGUUCCCUGAGACUGUUCCACCUUUCAAGCGAGGUCCUUUUUGUUUCUGUCUCUGUAUGUAAAUAGUUUGUAAAUAUUUCAUUUUUAUUGUAGGUGAUCAUUGUAGUUAUUUUAAGUUUAUAUACAAUUAUUUUAUGGUUGGCCUGAAUAAAUACAUUUUAAAUAUG